GCUGCCCUGGCUCGCCCGGUUCUCAGACCUUUUGUGUUGAGUUCACUCGCGAACCUUUAGAACUUAGGUUGUUGUUAUUAUUUUCAAUUACCUUACCUUUCGGGUAAUCUCAAGAUUCAGUAGCCCACGGAAUCUCAUUUCAAAGUGGAUGCAAUCUCAUGUUGAGUUGCAACCAUGGACCACAUGUCUAACCGUCAGCAUCAACCAGCACCUGCCUUUAAUCCUUACGUACCUCGCCCACUGGACUCAGACACUGACCGGCCAGUCUACAACGCGCCUCCCCCCGGCUCCUCCGCUCUCCCCUACCGACUCGCUGCCGAUGUGCCCGAGAACAGCAGCUAUUAUCACCCUCCCAUCUCCUCCAAUGCUGGCGUGUUCUACUACCCGCCCUCUUACACCAACCCUACUCAGCCUCUAAGCAACGUCUCCCCCAAGCCCAUCACAGACCCCCCGCCAGCAAACACAUACCCUCCCCCUCCGAACUCGGCCAUUGCUCCCACAGCAGCACCACCGCUUGGCCCCGUGAUCACCACCACUCAUGACGACGGCAACGCCACCCUCGGCGAAGCCCGCGCGAGAACGCACUCAGCCCUCCGAGAGCUGCUGGCGACCUGGAGACAGCACGCCAUGGUCAAUGGCAUUACCAGCACCAACACCACCCCGGGCAAGGUCAACGGUUACCCGGGGCCCCAAGGCGAGGUCGAGGAGCGGGUGCGGCGACAGACCGGGUUGGUGCUUCAGGGGUUGAGGAGACUGCGGGCGCGGGUCGGGGAGCUGGGUGAGCGGGCCGAAGGGGAGAGGUGGCGGCGGGUGGUGGUUGGGGGUGUAUUCGCCUCCUUCAUCCCCCUUGUCAAGCGGCUGUUUCGCCGGCCAAAGGAUGAGGCAGACGAAUCGACCAACAGGACCGAGUACGCGUUCAAAAAGAGCAAAAGCCUCGUCUCGCGCAUCCUGGCCUCGACGCACCGCCCGGGCCUGGGAACACUGGCCUUCUUUGUCUUUGCCGUCCUCUACGUGUUUCAGAACGAGGUUGCGCUGCGCGUGGCGAGGACCGUCGCGAGGCGGCUGAAGAGGCUCGAGGCUAGGAUCGAGGACGGGCGCGAGGAGCUGACCGAGGGCGAUGUCAAGUUGCUGCAGGGAUGGAGGUGGAGGAUCCUGGUGUGGAGUGAGUGAUGGAUUUACGUAUGAUGAUGCAUCAUGAUGGCGUUGUGGGAUGUUGGUUGGGACUUGCAUUUACGAACGGCUUUUGAUGAAGAGGCCCUUUUUAUGAAUUGUAUGACUGACGACGCUGUUAUGGGCACCGUCCUCCUCCUGUUCUCCGCUCUUCUAAUAGGGCCCGCUCGGCGGCAUGCAGCUUGCAGAGGUUCCCCGUCGCUAUGAAGCACUCAAAAGAAGCCUGGAGAGCUUUCUCCCUUUCCAUCUUUCUCUCGGCCGUACUCCGGGUAGGGGAAAUCGACUUUUCGACAUUGCCAAAUCAAACACAAGUUACA